GGGAUAUUUAAUAACAAAUCAUGGACCUUGAAGACCGUUGCUUUUCAAAACUUACCAAAUUAUAUAGAAUACUUUAGCUGUAUGUAUUGACCUAUACGAUAUAAAUGAACAAGCUGAUGCGUUAUAUUUCGCGUUAACAAUGAUAACUCUAAUCCUAACACUAGGCGGUUGUUUUAGCAUUAGUAAUUAGCUUGCUAGCUCUGUUUGCUAUAGCAACUGACUGAGGGUGAGCUUCUCCCUUUAGACCCUCUUCAUCCGCGUCUCGAAAUCAGAAUGAGGAGAAGCUUUGCGCCCAGUCAGCUCGCCAAGAGGAAGCAGAGAGACGACUCAUCGGAUGAUGAUGAUGAUGAAGAUGAAGACUGGCAGUUUGGAGCUACAAACAAAAGGAAGAAAGACUGCAGAGAGAGUUACAUGUCUCCAUUUAGGAAGCCUCUGACCCAGGUCACAAACCGGCCUCUGUGUGUGGACAGCAACGAGCAUGAGGCAUUUAUUCGAAGUAUCCUUGCAAGACCUUUCAAGGUUCCCAUCCCUAAUUACACAGGUCCGCUGGGUUUGCGGGCUCUGGGUUUGAAGAGGUCAGGCGUUAGAAAAGCUCUUCAUGAUCCUUUUGAAGACGGAGCUCUGGUUCUUUAUGAGCCACCAGCUUUGGCGCAUCAUGACCUCAUCAAGACAGAAAAGGACAAGCUGCCUGUGCACGUUGUGGUGGAUCCUGUACUUACUAAAGUUCUACGACCCCAUCAAAGAGAGGGUGUAAAGUUCCUCUGGGAGUGUGUGACAGGACGACGCAUCCCCAACUCUUAUGGCUGCAUCAUGGCUGACGAGAUGGGACUGGGGAAGACCUUGCAGUGCAUCACGCUCAUGUGGACUCUCCUCAAGCAGAGUCCUGAUUUCAAGCCUGAGAUCGAUAAAGCUAUUGUAGUCUCUCCAUCCAGCCUUGUCAGAAACUGGUACAAUGAAGUGGCGAAGUGGCUAGGGGGACGUGUUCAGCCUGUGGCUAUUGAUGGUGGCUCCAAGGAAGAAAUAGAUGGGAAGCUUGUGAACUUCAUUUCCCAGCAAGGUCUGAGAGUUCCCACUCCCAUUCUAAUUAUUUCAUAUGAAACGUUCCGUCUCCAUGCUGAAGUUCUGCACAAAGGCAAAGUCGGUUUGGUAAUUUGUGACGAGGGUCACAGGCUGAAAAACUCAGAUAAUCAGACGUACCAGGCACUAAAUGCGAUGAAUGCUCAGCGCAGAGUAUUGAUUUCCGGCACGCCCAUUCAGAACGAUCUGCUCGAGUACUUCAGCCUGGUGCACUUUGUCAACUCUGGAAUCCUCGGUACUGCUCAGGAAUUUAAAAAACGCUUUGAGCUUCCCAUUCUGAAAGGCCGUGAUGCAGAUGCUAGUGAUAAAGAGCGUGAUAUCGGGGAGGAAAAGCUAAAAGAGCUCAUCAGCAUUGUUAACAGGUGUCUGAUUAGGAGGACUUCUGACAUUCUGUCUAAAUAUCUCCCUGUGAAAGUCGAACAAGUCGUUUGCUGCAGGUUGACUCCUCUGCAGAAGGAGCUCUAUAAUCUGUUCCUGAAGCAGGCAAAGCCAGUCGAGACUCUUCAGCAGGGCAAGAUCAGCGUGUCUUCACUAUCCUCCAUCACCUCCCUUAAAAAGCUCUGCAAUCACCCCUCACUCAUCUAUGAGAAGUGUGUGGGGGGGGAUGAAGGCUUUGCUGGGGCGCUGGAGCUCUUCCCACCGGGUUACUCCACUAAAGCUGUCGAACCACAGCUUUCAGGAAAGAUGCUGGUGCUCGACUACAUUCUGGCAAUGACACGGACGACAACCAGUGAUAAAGUGGUGCUGGUGUCCAAUUACACACAGACGCUAGACCUGUUUGAGAAGCUUUGCCGUGCUCGCAAAUAUCUGUACGUGAGACUGGAUGGAACAAUGUCUAUUAAAAAGAGAGCCAAGAUUGUUGAAAGAUUUAACAGUCCUUCUAGCCCAGAUUUCAUCUUCAUGCUGAGUAGCAAGGCUGGCGGCUGUGGCCUUAACCUUAUCGGGGCAAAUCGGUUGGUAAUGUUUGACCCGGACUGGAAUCCAGCCAAUGACGAGCAGGCGAUGGCAAGGGUGUGGCGUGAUGGCCAGAGAAAAACAUGCUACAUCUACAGACUGCUCUCUACUGGGACUAUAGAGGAGAAGAUCCUGCAGAGGCAGGCUCAUAAGAAGGCUCUGAGCAGCUGUGUGGUGGAUGAGGAGCAGGAUGUAGAGAGACAUUUUUCUCUGGAGGAGCUGAGGGAGCUGUUUACUCUCAACGAGAACACACUCAGCGACACACACGACAGGUUUCGCUGUCAGCGUUGUGUACAGGGGCGUCAGAUUCGGCCGCCUCCUGAUGAUUCUGACUGCACCAGCAACCUGACGUACUGGCAUCAUUGUGCAGAUAAACGAGGACUGAAGGACGCAGUGCUCCAGGCCUCCUGGGACAAAGCCGUGACCUUUGUCUUCCACCAGAACUCUCACCACGACCAGAGAGGAGUUGUCUAAAUUCUCUAAAACAUGUUGAUAGCCCUACAUGUCAUAUGUCUCAUUAUCAGAAUUGCUAAGACAAAAAGAAUACAAUUUUUUUUUUUUUUUUUGGUCACACAACCAAGAUGAUUCCUGCAUAACUGUUCUUGUUCUGUUUAUUUCUUUUUAUUUAUUCUGUACAUUUAAUUUGUCUUUAUUAAUGUUGAUGCCCAUAAAUGCCUGUCAUAAAUAAAAUACUGCUUAUUUUGUCCAUUUCUGGUUGCUAUGCAGGGUUUUUACUGUAAAGUAAAACUA